GCUAACUAUGACACCCAAGUCCAAAGUUCACUAACAUUCCAAGUAUAAAAGUAAUAAUCCAAGUCAGUGGAGUGUUAAAUCACAAUAUAUUACCAAAAAUACAGUGACGAGUUAUAGCAACAAAAAGGAUUACUUGGUUACAAAGUGUAAGUCCUCGGCUACAAAUUAAUUAUAUAAUCCACAGGCACGUUAACUGUUGGGACUGCGUCUGCUGUAGCUGCUGUGUCCCGGUUGUAGAAAUGUCUUCGGAUGAAAGUAGUAGGCUCCUACAAUAAAUCCAAAGUUACAACACGGUGUGAGUGGAGCAAGCAAGUAGAGGUGACCAGGGAGAAGACGAAGUCUCCAACAGCAGAGUGUAUUUUUUCAAUGGUACACGGAAAUUAUGUAUAUUUCAACAAGAAGCGAUUUAAACAAAAAUUAUGUACAAUAUCUCGAAUUUAUACAAGUACCUAAAAAGUGUACAAUCACAUUGUUACGUACUCAACACGGCUCCCCCCCUAGAGGUCCGGAGAGACAACCGGAAAAUGAUACGUAAAACUAUGAACUUCGUUUUCUGUGAUUAAAGCUGGAGUGUCCUGCACGUCGAGCAUUCUUUCUUAGCAAUCAAUAUAUUCGCUUAAAACUUAGAUAAAUCUCAUGGGAUACGGGCGCAGCAAAAGUCUACAAUACCGACACCUGUAUAAUGUUUGUUUGAAAUGGUCAGAUGCUGAGUUAUUUGAGUUGACUAAUGCUUUAGAAAGAGAUAUUUCAUUUUCUUCAUUUGAAUUGGGACAGCUUGUAAGAACGAAAACAUCAACUGAUGUUGAUGAAUUUGUGGAGGCUCUAAUGGAUGUAGAUGAAAGUGAGUUGGAAGGUCGAGGCGUUGUAGUUCCUGAGGGAAAACCUGAAGAACCAAUCGAUAUAUUGUUAAGGAGUGCCAGAUACUGUUGCACCGAACGAUACAAUAGUUAUGCAGCAGUGAGUCAGGUUUUACAAAAGCUUUACAGACGGGAAGAAUCAGAUUACCGUGCAGCGCGUAAGAAAUAUCCAAACCCCUCAUACCUACCUCAUGGACAAUUGUAUCGCUUCAUGAUGGCACUGGUAGGUGGACAACCUUUACCAAAUCUAUCUGAUUUGUCUUCUGGCGCCAUCCUGGACUUUCUAACUUGUUUGACCUCUAUCGUUUCCAUAGCCUUCAACGCUGAUGAUGGAAAAGACGAUAAUAAUUCUGCGAGAUAUCCUGUUCCUACCCGAAUGAGGGAACAAAUUACAAAUGUUACAGAAAUGGUCAAACAGAAAUAUACGGAUGAAGUAGCCCUUAAAGGAGAUUUUGGUAAACAUCCUCUUACUCCACUCCGUCUACUAUGUCAAGUCAAGCAUCCUGACACAAUUUUAGGAUAUCCUGCAAUGGUGGAAUACUUGGUUGACAAGUACGCAACAAUUUGGGAUAUACCGCAUAUUCCAGGCGCAUGUUUCUCCGAUGAGACGAAUUCCGAACCCGUGUCCCUUGGUUUAUUACUCUCUGUACUGAAACGUGUUUUAGCGUUUUCACUCAACCCGUUUACUUUCACACAAGGGAUGAUGGCUCAGUUUCAAACCAUUUUGAGUGAUUUUCAUUCGCUGUGUUCUAGUAGAUCACAACUGUCGAAUUUUUUUCGAACAUGGGCUACAAUCAAUAUAAAACAAGUACGUUACUUCUCAACAUGCCCAUUGCCUGUGGAAGUUAUUCCUCGUAAACGUUCAAGGGAAAGCUCUGUUGAGGGUGAUCAGGCAAAGAGGUGCUGUACUGAAAAUCCUUCAAUUACGAAUGAGUUGGAAACAGAAGAGCGCUAUACAACGGAAAGGGCUACGAGUGAUCAGGAAUCUACAGCUCCUGUUACUAAUGUAAAAAUGGAAGAUCCCAAAAAUGUUGCACUAACGUCGAAUCGGUACGUGAAAUGGUGUCCUGGAACGCACUUCGUUCGUAUAAAGGAGAAAGGAGAGAUUGAAAAUGUCAAUGCAAUUGUAAAUGCUCGUUUUAAAGUGAAAACUGAGGAGACAGAUUUUUCAAUGGAAUUACACAAGAACGCGACCAAGUAA